AUGGUAUUUAAUUAUGAUGGUAUGUUUUUUGGCUCAAAGGCAAAUAUGACUUACUAAAAUAUUUAAGACUAUUGUUUUAGCAGUAAAUUUGAUUCUAGAUGCCAAGAGUAUUUUAUAGUAGCUAGUUAAAAUAAUAAAAAUACUACCUCAAUUUAUCCACCUACUCAAUUUAUGUAUGAUGCAUUUAAUUAGCCAUUCAUUGCGACAGGAAUAUGCAAGAAAUUUAGUAACUUAAAUCAAUUUAGCAAAAUUUUAGUCUCAAAAUCUUCUAAUAAUUCUUAUCAAGAUGAUAUGUAUUCAAUAAUUUGUAAUGCUAUUUAUUUAGAAAAUUAAAAAGAAAUAUUGUAAACUUAAAAUGAUACUAGUGAAGUAAGAAUAAUUUUCGAACCAAAAACUGAAAGAGUUUUGUUUUAGAGCGAUAAGGUAAUUCAAUAAAAUUCUAUUUUGUCUUUGGAAGAAUCAUUUUUAAAUAGGAUUGACUCACAAGAGCAAUUAGAUUAUUUUAAAUAGUAAAUAUCUUAAUUCUAAUCUUAGAUGCAAAGCUUUUGCUCCACAACUAAAAGUGAUAUUUAUAAAGUAGCUUAAAGCCAAAUAAUUUCUAAUUUUACUUUCUUUUCUAAAGGUUAAUAAUUUAAUGUUGUGUAGUAAUUCACUUACUUAAUAGACAAAAAUAUUAACAAUAACAAUGAAAUAACUUACUGCUAUUAAAAUAAUUAUUAGCUUCUCACCAUAAGUUCGUUAGAGCCAUUUAAGUAAAAAGUAGAAGAUUUAAACGAUUAGAUCAAAAUAAUAAGUAUAUUAUUUUUUACUACGAUUCUUUUAAUUGCAAUGCUUGGUUUUGUUUUUUCUGUUAUUUUCUCUUUUUCAUUUUGUAAAUAAAUGAAUAUUUCAAUCUAACAUCUAACAAAUAUUAUGAAAAUACUUUCUAUUGAUGAAGAUACAAAAGAAUAAAUUUUGCUUUAAGGAAGAUAAAUUUUAAAUUAAUUUGAACAAGAAGAAGAAUGCAUAUUUAACUCAAGUGACAUAAAUCUUGUUUAUGAGAGCUUUUAAAAUUUAUUUUAAGUGAUAAUUUUUGCAAACCAGUCUAUCUACAACUAAGAUGAGAGUCUCAGCAUUAUGCAGCUAAAUUAAGCUAUUUAAUUCUUUAAAAAGUUUCAAAACUAGAGAGCUUUAGGAAUAUGUUACAACAAUAUUGCUAAUAUUCACUUCUCUAAUGGAAGAUAUAAUGAAGCCUAUGAUUAUUACUGUUUAUCAGUGGUCUGCUGUAGAUACGAGCUAAAUAUGUACUAAGAAAAUGAAACAACUACUAUCAAUAAGCUUGAAGAAACCCAAUAAAAACUCAGUAUUAACAGCUAAAAAUCUAAUGGUAAAAGCAAAACUAGCUCAAUUAACAAAUAAACUGAAAAAUAAAUUUAAAGAAAAACUGAAUAAGUUGUUAGUUAGGAGCAAUAAAGCUAAAUUAGAGAUAAAAAUUAAAAAAAUAUAUCAAACAGAGUAAGAAAACAAAAAUUUUAUGAUAUUAGUAAGAAUUUAUUAUAAGAUGAUUUUGAUAAAUAUGAUAUACUAUUUACAAGAAAAUUAAAUGGAUUUAAAUGUGCUUUAUUUUUUAUGGUCUAUAACAGAAAUUAAUCAGAUUUUGAUGCACUUGAAGUACUCUUAGCAGAGGUAGAAGAAUUAAACGAAUUGUAUUAUAAUUAAUUAUCAAAGAGCAAUAAAAAUUAAAUAUUCAUUAAUUUUUUUUACACGUUCAUACACGGAUUGAAGCAAGACUUACAAAGUUAUGAAGUGUUUAUUAAAGAAAACGAUGAAAUUUACCUUUAGUGCAUCUUGGAAGCUUAACAAUAAAAAAAUUAAGUUAUGAAUAUAAAUGAUAAUAAUUUAAAUAAUUUAUAAGUAAUGACUAUCAGCCAACCAUAGGAUACUUAUUAGUAAAACUAAAGUAAAGCUCAAUAACAAAACAUCAAAAAUCUGUAGAUUUAAUAGUAGGAAUAUAUUUAUUAACAACAAGAUAUAACCAUUUCAGAAUCAACAGACUAAAAUUUUUUCUCUUUGAAUAGAUCAAAUACAACUUUUACUUUGAAUAAGUAUUAAAAAAGAAACUCAAAAGUUGAUUAAAUAUCAAAUGGAACUUUGAAAGAUAAGCUUAAUAAUAAAUUUUCAUAAAUUUUUGGUAUGAAAACAAUAUUAUCAAACAAAAAAUCGCCAAAUUAAAAAGGUAGAAGCAGCUUAGUAAAUUACCUAAAAUAGCCUUUGAAUGAUACAAAAUUCUCAAACUAAAAUUAAUUAAAACCAGAAAAUGAAUAUGCUCCAAAUACAAAAUUAAAUUAAACUUAAUUAAAUUUUAUUUAAAGCAGCUUAUCCAAGUCAAAUAUACAAAAAUAAUUAAAUGCAGUAAAAGAGAGUAAAAAUAUUCCUUUUCUAUUAUUGAAUGUAGAUUAGAUGUUUUAAUACUUUUACUUCAAUUAACUUGGAACUUAUAAUCUAUUAAUUAAAUAAUUCAAGUCAGCUGCUGAAAAUUUCACAAGAAUGUUUGAAGAAUGCAAAAGAAUCAUCCCCUACUAAAAGAACAUUUGCAUAAAGAAAAUGAUUUAAAUUUUUAUUUCAUUUAAUUUAACACAUCCACUUUUAGAUUAAAUGUAUAUCUAAUAAAUAAGUGAUUUAUCAUAUAAAAUAACUGUAGUUUACUUUGAUCAAACAAAUAAAGCAAAAAAUCUAACUAAUUCAUCAAAAAAUAUCUUAAAUAAAUUUUACCAAUCUAAUCUUGAUUAUUAGUACUAAGUUAUAGAUUAGAUUUAAGGUUAAGAUGCUAGGUCUUAGAUAUUUGAUUUUUGCUAGAAAAUAAUAGACUAAUUACUGAAGUACAAUGACGAUCAUUUUGGAUUUAUCUUAACUUCAAUAGAAGAUAUGUGCAUCUCUUAAAAUAUAGCUACAACUAAAUUUGAGUUAAUUAAUAAAAAUAAAAAAAUGUUCAAGUAAGUAUUGUUUGAAUGUCUUUUAGCUGAAUAAGUAAAUAAAAGUGAAAGAAAAAUUGAAUCAUAAUUAAUAUAAGAUUAUAUUCUUUUAGAAGUGGAAGAAGACUAAGAUAUUUCAAUUUAUAACAAUACAAAAGAAUAAGAAAAAAGUUUACCAAGUGAUUUUUAUUCAAAUUUAUAUGGACUAAAUGAAGUUAAAAAAUUAAAUGUUCCAGUUUCGCAAAAGUAAACAUUUAAAUAAGUAAUAUAAAAAAAGUUAAAAGUAGAUUUGAAUAAAAGUGAUAAAAAUAAUUAAAACAUAAGAAAAAUGUUUUAUUUCAGUAUUAGAAAAGCAAUUUAAGAAUUAGUAAGUAGCAAUGGAGCAAAGGCAUUACAUUUUAAACUAAAUUCAGCCUUUCAUAAUAAAAAAAAUGAAAAUAAUCACAUUUUUAAAUAGCAUAAUUUGAAUAAUAAACUGGAAUUUAUAAAAGAAUUCCUAAGAGCAAACGAAAUGAAAAAAAAAUUCUUCAAAAAUGUAAUAAUUUUUGUAACAAGUGACUUGAAUGCUUUUGAUUAGGACGAAGAUUAAUUUAAAAGCAUCAUUAAAUAUUUAAGAAUUUUUGAUAUAGAGCUUUGUAUCUUAUUUUAAAAUGAUCAAUAUUUAAUAGAAGAAAAAACCUAAUUCGAAAAUAUAAUUUUUGAAAAUAAAUAUGUAGUAAACUAUUUUUUCAACUCCAGUAAUCUUCAUGAUUAUCUCAAUACUUGCAGAUGUAGUAAAUACCAUGACUCUAUCCCUUAGUUUAUAGAAUACUUUUGA